GUCCAACUGCCAACAGGCAAGCGUACGUUGAUCGCUCCGAUUAAUGCAGAGAAAGAAUUAAAAAAAAAAAAGUAUAUAAAGUUUAAUAUUUAAUCGAAAUGAAUCUCCUGCUGGGUUUUAUACUACUGCAAAGCAUAUAUCAAAGCUAUGCACAAGAAAUCUUUGGCUAUUGUACAACGCCGGCGGAUCAAACUGGAACUUGCAUAUAUCUAAACAAUUGUGACUAUCUCUAUGAGUUAGUACAACGGCGAACAGUCUCUAAUAGUGAACGCGUUUUCCUUGCAAACAGUCAAUGUGGCUAUCGCAAUGGUCAAGUGCUCAUUUGCUGUGCCAACAGUCGCAAAAUUAGUGAUCGGCCAGUUUGGGGGAAUCAACCUCAACCUCAACCUCAGUCCCAACCAGUAACUCCUGUAAGACGCUCCAACCUGUUGCCCCAAGUGCCCAACUGUGGAGACAACUUUGGCAAUCGUGUGGUUGGCGGUGUGGAUACGGGCAAAAAGGAGUUCCCUUGGUUGGCACUAAUCGAGUACACCAAACCGGGAAAUGUCAUUGGUCAUCAUUGUGGAGGCUCGUUGAUCAACAAUCGUUAUGUAUUGACGGCGGCACAUUGCAUCGCUUCCAUUCCCACCACUUGGCGACUGACGGGUGUGCGUCUGGGAGAAUGGGAUACGGCAACCAAUCCGGAUUGCACCACGGAGAGAAAUGGUCGCAAAGACUGCAAUGAGCCUCAUGUGGAUGUGCAGGUUUCGGAGAUAAUUCAACAUCCUCAAUAUCAGGGCAAGGCAACACAAGAACUACACGACAUUGCCCUGCUGCGAUUGAGAACCGAAGUCGCCUUCACCAACUUCAUAUCCCCGGUUUGCCUGCCAACUCGACCGGAACAACAGAAUAACAUAUUCCUGGGACGCAAAAUGGUUGUCGCUGGCUGGGGUCAAACCGAAACAAACGCCACAUCCAAUGUUAAACAGAAGGCGGAACUGGAAUCAGUGGCAGCGGCAGACUGCAAUAAACGAUAUGGCACUCUGGGACGCACAGUGACCUCCACUCAAAUCUGUGCCGGCGGCGUGGAAGGAAUCGAUUCGUGCCGUGGUGACUCUGGAGGCCCAUUAGUCAUGGAGGAGUUCCAAGAUGGAUAUGGCAAUUAUUAUCUUACCGGCAUUGUGUCUUAUGGACCAACACCUUGUGGCCGUGCUGGUUGGCCAGGAGUUUAUACACUUGUGUCCGCCUAUACUGAAUGGAUCGAGAGUACUAUUAAACCCUAGAAAUACUCAUAUAUUUUCACUUUUAACGAAAAAAUGAUAAUUAAAUAUUUUGAAAUCCAUUAUAA